AUGUGUGUGCAUUUGUAUAUCUACACAAACGCACACACACAUCAACAUGGUAACAUCCCAGAUCCAAAGGUGGCAGAGAAAGCAAAAUUAAUUGAUGAAUUGCAAAAACAAGUCUCUGAAGCCUGUCUUACUGUAUCUGGCAGUAAUGAUGUGUUGACAAUGGCUUUGGGUCCCGAGCAUCCAAGGAGAGUUAGAGGGGUAGGUGCUGGGAUUUCCCUUAGGCAAUACUUCAAUUUACCUAGACAACAGAGGUUAAAGUUUGCCGAUUAG